AUGCCGGGCCUGGAGGUGAGCCCGUCGGUGGAUUCAUCAGAACGACCGCUUUUCAGGUCCCACAAAACACUCCCGCGGAGGGGUCUCUCCAUUCCUACCGACACCCAACCGGCCUCCCCGGAGGAACCUGGUACAGUGGCCGCGCCGGCGCCUCCGUUGACUCCGCCCGGUGCGAUUCACGAUGAAGCCAUGGAUGACGAACCCACCCCCCGAAAACCCGACUUGCGCCCCGAGAAUUCCACGGGAAUGGUGACACCUCGUCGGCCCUCCAAACCCCCGACACCUGAUGUUACACCUCCUCAAACACUCUCCCUUAGACGACCGCCGCUCAACCAGUUUAUCCACCCUUCUUCUUCAUCGCGAGCCGAAUCCUUUCAGACUGCCCGUGAAGAAAUCUCAUCCGAUGGCGACAUGGAAACACCGGUUCAAUCAUCCCAGAACACCGCUCAAAGAAGCCGGCAGAAAGUUGCUUCAUUGCGACAGAAUGCGCCGAAUGGAGUCCGUGCAAAGCUCACCUAUACCAAAGACACUCCUUCGUCCGCCUCCCAACCCCACAGUGAGACAGAAUAUGAAACAGGGUUCGAAUCAUUUGAUGGGGAAUGGACCACCAACCAGAACGACGGAUCGCCAAAACCUUUAAAGGAAAAACGCAAGCCACCCGUUCGCAACCAAAGGGACACUCUUCUCGGUUCCAACCAGGACACGCUGGACGUGGUCCAUUUGGAUGCUUCCUUGACGCGCGAAAUGAACCUACGCGAUCGAGUACGGAGAACCAACGGAGUCCAUGAAAUCACCCCAACUCCAUCGAUGGAGCGAUUUCGCGAAGAGAUUGGCUGGCCAUCACAGGAUACCUCUUCGCAAGCCGCCGACCCAGAGUCUCGUCGGUUAUCAGCCCUAUCCUCUACCUCAACCGUGGAGGCGAUGAUCAUCGACUCCCCCAAGCGAGCGCAACGACUUUUGCGACAUACAGAGAAGCGCAGCUCACUUCGAUCGGUCAGCUCCCCCAUAACGAGGUCCGAGCACGCUUCCACUGCAUCGAAUCCCGAUUCCCAGCAUCGCCUUGUCCACAAGGCUGCUCGUAUCUCGGAAGAGAAUCGCCGAAGCAUCGCAUCCGAUGCAUCUUUCUCCACGAAAACGAUUGCGAGCACACCACGUGCAUCGGCCGACAUUAUUCGUGUUGUCGUGAUUCCAGAAAGACGAUCAUCGCUCCGGUCGGGACCUAAUAGUCAGAUUUCAUCCCGGCACGGUUCUCAGCGGUCUAGUCGACGCCCACCCGUAUCAGAGGGCUCGAGCUCAGUGAAUGGCCCUCGUCAAAAGAAGCGGACCAUGUCUGAUUCGUUUUCUAGCCAAUCCAGAGAUCGGGACUCGAGGGGUCGCCCCUUUGGUCGGCCGAUCAUUCCCCCUCGCAGCUCCUCGCUUUCUGCGCCCACGAGUCGAAACAAUUCUCGCUCUGCAUCCCUCACCUCGGAAAGCUUGCGUAGUCACACUCUCGCAAUGGAUCUGGAGAUGCAAAAGCGUCGGGACCUGCAACCAGUUUCACCACCCCGCCAUAACAUUUUGGGUUCAAAUGGUCAGAGCCACAAUGAUCAGAGACAAGCUCCGGGUCUUUCGCAAGCUCCCAAAUUACCCACGUUCUUGGUUAGCGCUGAAGAGGAGGACAUGUCAACCUUGCGUCCCCCAUCCCUUCCAUACACCCAGUGGUCAAUCCCGUCGUCUUCCCCGGGACCCAUAGAGAUCCGAGAAGCCACUGCAGUCAGCCUCUUUGCGCACAGAAAUCGAUCCUUACUUCUGGUCGACCAGCGACUGCCCCCGGGAGCGGAGGCUCAGACUGUGCCAUCAUUCCAUGACAUCAGACGCCAAAUUGACAACCCCAAGACCCCGGAUAACCCCACUGACCCGGCGAUGUACAACGUGGAUUCUCCUUUGAAGAACCCUCGCCCUCCACCCAAGCCACCCAUCUACAAAGCUCCCCAUUCUAAACCUCUCCCCCCGCUUCCUACACAAGCAGAUGGAGACGUUGAUACUGGCGAGCCGAAUCGCCGCCAAGGCUCCGUCCGUCGCCCCGGGACAGCGCGCCCACGCUCAAACUCCUUCACCACAAUCGUGCGCUCCCUAUCCAUCAAAUCCGCCAAGAACCGCAAAGCAGGACUGGAAAUGGACAGCCGGCUCCAUCCCAUGUGGCGCCCCCGCGGAUUCUGGGACGACGUAUCCGGAUCUCCAAAGAAGCAAAUCUCCCCCGGAGCCAACCCCCACCACCAUUCCAACGACUCGACUCCUCCCUUCGUCAACAACUCCCUAGGCCUCCCGCAGUACCGAGUUGUCAUCCAAGGCCCACCCUCCUUAGCUCGCCGCAGCCCCGAAAUGAGACGCAUGUUCAACAGCGUGCCCUCCGCGGCACACUACAAUGCCAGCAAUGCCAGCCUGGUGGAUCGAGGCAUGUUCCGGACCGGAUCCCCUUUCCACCCGAGUCGGUACCAGGUGCUGUCCCGGUGGGGCAUCCGGCUUCGCUCGAUGAAUGUGCGAAAUGUGCGGAAUCGUCUUAGACGCAUGCGGCAGAGGCGUGAUGAGAGGAAACGAGUCGCGAGGAGGGAGAACCUCAAGCAGAGUAUUGGCGCGCCGCUUCAUGUGGUUUCUGGUGCGUCGCAUGGGAUUACGCGCUGA